AUGGAGGUGGAGGAGGAGGAAAGACGCUCUCCACACGAUCAUGGGGAUCCGUGUGUUCCCGAGAGCUUCUUUGAUCGCGUAACGCAAGGGUUACGCAACGAUCUCGAACAUGAGCGGGACAGGCGUCUCCAAAUGGCGGACACUGUCUUGAAGCAUCGAGCUGAGUUUGCCUUUGCUCAGCUUGAGAACGAGAGAUCUCUGACAUCUCUUCGUGACGAGCUAAGGGUAGCUCGUGGGAUUGUUUAUCGGUCUCGGGAUGAGAUAGCUGCUCUUCAGACCCUUGUUGAUGCCCACCAUCGGGAGCACAAGGCUCUCUGCGAGAUGCUUGAGCGCAAGGGCGUUCUUCAUCGGAAGAAGCAGCGUACUGAUGGUACGGCUUAA